AUGUCAAAUACAACUACAACUACUACUAAAACUACAGAUAAAGACUCAAAUGAUAAUAAACCAGUAAUAGGAUUAAGUGGACGUAAUAUAGUAUACGAUAAAGAUGGUAAACCGUGAGUAAAUUUAUCAAUUUGUUUGGUUUUUUAAUGGCAAAUAUUAACUAAUAUUAGGUGUCGUACUUGUAAUACAUUAUUAGAUUUUCAAUUUGCAAUGGGUAAGAAACCAGUAAUACCACAUGAACCAAAAGAAGUUAAAAAGGAGAAAUUAUCAGGUUAUACAAAAGAUUAUCCACCAGAUGUUUCAGAAUUGGGUAAAUCAUCAUGGACUUUAUUACAUUCAAUAGCAGCAACAUAUCCCGAAAAUCCAACAGAUCAACAACAAAAAGAUUUGAAACAAUUUAUUAAUUUAUUUUCUGGCUUUUAUCCAUGUUGGUAUUGUGGUGAAGAUUUUAAAAUAUAUAUCAAAAAGAAUGAAAUUGAAACAAAAAAUCAAGAUUUAUUUGGUAAAUGGUUAUGUAAUGCACAUAACGAAGUAAAUAAGAAAUUAAAUAAACCAGUGUUUAAUUGUGAAUUAUGGAAGAAAAGGUGGAAAGAUGGAUGGGAUGAAGAAGAAUAG